AAAAGGUGAUUUAAAAAUUUUUGUUGAAAAUUUAUUGAAAGUUUAAAAAAGCAAAGAAAAUAAUAUCAAAACAGUGUUUGCAUUUUGUUUGUGUAAAUUUUUCUCUUGUUCUUUAUCAAUGAAUUUACGAGUGUGUGUGAUAUUUUUAUCGUAUUGUUGAAAACGUAAUAAGUGUCAACAAUGCUGCAAGAUCUGACCUAAAUUCAGUGCUUCUAAAACAGCGAAAAUGCUGCUUCAGAAAGCAAUCGUAUUAAUGCUGCCAUAAAUCGUAACCUAUAUACGAUCCACGUUACGAUUCGUGUAUCAGUGUCGCGAAGAUAAAAAAUAAAUAAGAACAAACUCGUUAUAUAAUUUUGUUGCCCCCAAAAGUGAGUUAUUGCCUCGGUUUAAUCUAACUACUUACUAUUAAAAUCGCUCAUUAAUUAUUAAUAAUUGCAAGAAAAUCUCUAUAUAUAUAUAUUUAGUAAAAAAUACAGAAUCUAAUUAAAACAACGACUUCUUUGAUCGAAAACAAAGAAAUUAAAUAAUUAAUUAAAUCGUUACGCACAAAUAUAUAUAUUGUAUAUAUUAAAUUAAUUUAUUUACGAAAUUAAGAAAUAAAUAACAAUCGAAAAAUGCUAUCGACAUUAGAAGAGGAUAAUUUUACGGUAACCCCAUCAACCAUAUCAUUAGAUAUGUUCCCAUCUCAUAUUGAUCCCACAGGUAUAAAUAUAUUACCUGAUAGUCCACCAACGCCAAAAAAAGCACCAUUAAAAACAUUUGCCGAAAUUCAAGCAUUAAUACAACAAAAUCGUAAACGUGAUGUGAAAUUAAUUUUACGUGAACAUGCAUGGCCAUUAAAUAGUAACAUACGUGCACAAUUAUGGCCCAUAUUGUGUAAACAACAUCAGCAUGGUAAAAAUAUGAUGGACAGUUUUUAUUGGGAUAUGGUGAAUCAAAUAUUUGGUACAACUGAUUUACCAGAUAAACCAAUAAUGUUACCCCCGUUCGUUGAGUCAACGCAUUGUUUAACGUAUCAUUUGACACGUAAAGGACGAAGUAUUGCUGAUCGUAUUGUGUCGGUAUUGGGCUAUGCGUGUCCGGAUAUCACGUAUAGUCCGAGUUUAUAUCCUAUUUGUGCUGUAUUGUUACAUUAUUUGAAUGAGGAAGAUUGUUAUCAUUGUAUGGCAACAUUAGUGGCAGCAAAAGAAAAAAUGUUUAUAACACAAACAAAACUUUUAUACGAAGUUACAUGGAAAACAGUGAUGCAAAUAACAAAGAAACAUGUAAAAUCCGCUGCAACGCAUGUAGCACGACAAAGUCAAGGUUCACGUGUAGAACAUAUUUAUAUGGAUUGGAUAUGGUGGAUAUUACGUGGAUUACCAUUUCAUCAUUUAGUUAGAGUUAUGGACUGUUUCUUACAUGAAGGUAUUAAGGUAUUUUACCGUACUGCAAUGGCAAUAUUAGUAUUGUUUCAUAAAUUUUCAUCGCCACAAAAUUCUGAAUGGAUCAAUGAAAUCAAUAAAUCAGGUGUUGAUGUGGCAUUAAAUAAAUUUUGUCGACAAUUACCUGUGUCACCAGCAAAAUUAUUACGUACAGCAUUUGGAAUCCGUGCACUAAGUUCCACCUACAUUUCUCGGGUAUUUAUUAAAACAGAAAUGGUAUUGAAGAGUCGGAGUGUAUUGAGUGGUUCACGACAAUUGGUACGAUCCAGAUCUAGUGAUAAUCUUCCAACCAGCCAAUCGCAGGUCAAUAUCCAAAUGAUGUCUCAUACGCUUACUAUCCGUGAGAAAAUGUCCGAAGAGACAUGCAAACAAAUGGGCGCUCAUUCACCUGGUCCGCGUGCCCUAAGUAUGGGUGUAUAUCCUAUACAGAGAAUCAAGUCUAGAAUUCUUGAUCAACAAGAAUUAUUCACUUUAUGGUCAUGGCUACCGGUACGAAUAACAAUGUAUCAACCAGUACUACUUUAUACCACCGAGGAGCAUGGAUGUUCGCUGACAACGUUCUAUGUUCGAGUGGAGCAGCAUGAACCAACACUUCUUAUGAUUAAAACAUGUAAUAACGAAGUGUUUGGAGCAUAUUGUUCAUCGAGAUGGUAUGAAAGAAAUUUAAAAGAUGACCGUGGUAACCGACAAGCAUAUUUUGGGACAGGUGAAACAUUCUUGUUUUCACUGUAUCCUGAACGUGCCAAAUAUCCAUGGGUGGGUAUGGAAGGUGAUCAAAAGAAUUUGGGCCAUGGGUCUGAAUUAUUCAUGGCUGCUGAUUCAAAAAUGAUAACAAUUGGAGGCGGUGAGGGCCAAGCAAUAUGGAUGGAUGAAAAUAUUCGCUUUGGUAAAACUGAUCGUUGCACAACAUUUAACAAUCCACCGCUAUGUCCUAGUGGUGAUUUUGAAAUUCGUGUUUUAGAGGUGUACGGAUUUGCUGGCGCUUAAACUUCAGUUUAUUAUUUAAAAUAUAUUAU